UGUUGCCGCGCUGGACGCCGAGGAGCGCCCCGCCGCGCCCUGGUGGAAAGCCAGGAAGUGGGUGCUGCACAUCACCUACCGCCUCUUCAACAGGUACGGCCAGCCCAAGCACUGCCGCGACGGCACUGAGAAGCAGUUUGGGGAGCUCUACGCGUCCGAGUGCAUGCUUCACUUCCUGGACGCGCACUGCGGCCUCAUGUCGCAGCUGGCGAGCGGGGCCUACUUCAGCCCGCGCUGCACCAACCUGCUCUUCCAGUACAUGAGCCACGCCGUCACCAUCCCCAGCUGCUACAAGCGGGUGGGGCCGGCGUGGGACCAGCUGCUGCACCACGUGGCCUUCCCGCUGAUGGCGUUCAACGAGGAGGAUGCGCGGCUGUGGCGGGAGGACCCGCAGGAGUACAUUCGCAAGGGCUACGACAUCCUGGAGGACAUGUACUCCCCCAAGACCGCCGCCGCCAACUUUGCGCACGACCUGUGCGGCAAGAAGCGCUCCC